AGGCCGACGGGCUGAACAUUCACGCAUUCAGCAGUUCUGGUACCACGGCAGUCUGGGACACAGGCAGCAACACCAUCGCCUUCGCCGUGGCGCGCACGAUGACAAUGGCCUCCGAUGGCCUGAACCACCAAGGUGGCAUUGCCUUCAUCAUCGACGCAAGCACUCUGGAGAUGAUCACGAACUAUGGCCAAACUUCCGGGCACUCCUUCGCCAACAGCCUCCUGAAAUCCAACGAGGCUGGCUUCUACAUCGGCAUGGACUUGGGGGACAACUACCCACGCGGCGUGAACCUCUGGGAGCUGAAGGCAGCUGAGAAGCAGAAGAAGUCAAAGCUGGUGUACAAGUUCAAGACAAGGCACGGCACCAACCCUACCAGUCCCGCUGGCACGGCCUACGAUGAGUACACGGAGAUAUCAACCAGUGAGAAGAAGUUUUACAAGUGGAGCAACGACAACUAUUGCUAUACCGAGCUGGCGCAUCCGGGCAUUCACGAGAUCGGCAAUGAGUCAAUUAUCAUCUUCUUCGCAGGUGAGAACCCCCCCUUGGACAACAGUCAGACGGGCGAAGUGAUGAAUGCGGCGCGGAACGUUGGCUGGGUCAAGAUCUCUCGCGAUCUCAGUAGCGACACGGUGCUGUCGCCGGGAGAGGUGGAGACGGGGGGCUUCUAUACCUUCGGCGGGGGGUGGUCUGAACAGACCAACCAGGGCAUCAGCUUUCUGACCUCCUACACGGAGAUGACCAUGAGCGUCAGCCGAUUGAAGACCAUGCCGCUGGGCGAAAACAUCUUGCUGCUUUACGAGCUAUGGUCAGCGACCGCAUACACCAGGAGCCAGUUCAUGGUGGUUGAUACUUCCGGAAAUGUGGUGCGCAGUGCCACUGACCUGGCAACUUCCCUGAAGCUGCCCUUCGCGGAUCAGGUGGUGGCCUCCAACGGUCGAGCCGUGGCCUAUGUGGGCACGAAAGACAACUGGCUGGUCCGCUACGAGCUCUGCGUGGGCUCCAGUUGUGAAGCAUCCGGUGCUGGAGGCACUCCAAGUCCGGGUACUGGAAACACUGGAGGCACAAGUGGGUCUACGACAGCACCCUUCGUCUCUGGCGCGUACGGGACAAGCUUCGUGGCUGCUCUGGUCACGCUCUUUGCGUAUUGAGCGUUUCUCACCGGAAGCCGGACCCGGAUGCCGUUCUCACCGCAACCUUUAAGUGUUGGCUUGUCCGGGGAAACCCGGCGCGUUUGGCCCCUGGUUGCCAAGAGCAAAAAGUCAAGUCCCGGGGACAAAGUCUAAGCUCGGGGAUUUGGCUCUGCAAAUCAGGCGGAAUCUUGUGGAGGGACUGCAUUGCACUGGCGCGGUGUGGAUAGUGAACUGCCCUGAG